GUAUUUAAUAUUUAUUUUAUUGGUUAUGUACCUUUAUACCCAUGCGUAAAUCUGGAAAUUUAAUUAUUUGUAUUUUCGAUUACUGUCAUUCUUUCGUAGGUAUAUCAAUAUAUAGGAAAGCGUUUAAUUGUGUGUCACAAGACUUUUAAAUUUGAUUGUAUACUUAAUUUAAAAAAUAAACAUGAACGCCGAAAAAGUUAAAGAAAUUGGUAAAAUAUGUAUCCCUGGGAUGAGAUUAAGUGUAUCAAAUAAGGACAAUAUCCCAGGUGCUGGAACAUAUGAACUCAAAGGAUAUAUAUAUGCAUCUUUGGCAGGAGUGUUAAAAAUGCAGGAAGAUGAAAAUACGAAGGCUACAGUGAUAUCGGUUGAGAGUCCAAAAACCCCCAGUGUGCUACCAAAAACUGGAGAUGUAGUAACAGCUAAAGUUACAGUAGUGAACUCUCGGUUAGUACAGUGCCUUAUAUUGUGUGUAGGGCCAUCAGUUUUGGUGAGGCCUUAUAAGGGUAUCUUGAAGAAAGAAGACAUAAGAGUGAUAGACAGAGACAGGAUUGAUCCAUAUAAAUGUUUUCGGCCAGGUGAUGUGAUAUUAGCUAGAGUUUUACCUAUGACAGAAAUACACUGGUAUCAUCUAUCAACUGCCGAGAAUGAGCUAGGAGUUGUCAUAGCAACAGCGGAAGGUUCACCGCAAGGAGUCAGCAUGGUACCAAUAAGUUGGUCUGAAAUGCAGUGUCCCAAAACACUAGUUAGGGAACAUAGAAAAGUUGCAAGAGUUAUACCAGACAAUAUUAAUAGAGCACUAUUGGUUGAAAGUAAGGAUGAAAAGGAAAACCUUGAUUCAAAUAAAACUUAAGUUUGCUUUGA